AUGUCACAAAACGGCUUGUCGCAGUACCGCGCCGCCCAAAAGUAUGACAUACCUCAGCAGUCUAUUUCCGACAGACUCAAAGGCCAGGUAGCCCUGGCUGAUCAGAUCCAGCCUCGUCAACUCUUGAUCAGAUCCGCGCAUGUGGAGGCUCUUAUAAAGCAACUGAACAACGAGCGGACAGUGGGGCGCAACUGGGUCUCUAAAUUCAUCAAUCGCCAUCCGGACAUCAAGAACAAGCGUGGGAGACGUCAGGAAGCUAACCGAUUUAAUGCUUUUACGCCUCGGGCGGUUCACUGGUUCUUCGAUAUCAGGGAAAAGGAGUAUGGAUGGAUUAAACCAGAAAAUACCGUGAAUGUUGACGAAGGCGGUAUUAUGUCUGGCUUUGGUUUGGAUAGUCUUGUGGUUGGGAGUGCAGACCCAAAACGGAAGGCCCUUCUGAAAGGGCCACAGUCCCGCAACUGGACCUCAUUUAUUGAAGCUAUCACCGCGGACGGCCGUGUCCUUACCCCUGGCAUUAUCUUUAAGGGCAAAGAGCUUCAGAAACAGUGGUUCUUGACGGAAUUCGGCAAAAUAGCCGACUGGCAUUACAUAACGUCGCCCAACGGAUGGACGGACAACCAUAUCGCUAUUGAGUGGCUUGAGAGGAUGGACAUGGAAGUCAUGCAACGGAUGCAUGGAUGGCCACAUGCUUUUUGA